GAGAGAGAGAGAGAGAGAGGAAGAAAGGAAGAAAGCACUUGGGAGAAUGACGCAGGACUGAUACCUGGGGCAGGUUGGAAUCAGCUCAUUCCGGCUGUAGGGAAGGUUUGAGUUUUCGGCUCAUAUGGAGUAACUCGGCUGCCAGACUGCACAUGGAAAAGCGACAGUUUCAUUCAGGGCUUGAUGAGGCUGAUGUUCAGCCACGGUGUAAUCUGCACUGUCAAGGAGGAUUGCUCUGAGCGUGGAGAAGGUCUUAUCGCAGCCACUCGGCUGUCGUUGUGAACGGAAGAGGCGUGGGCGUGCUCUUUGAGAUGACGACACACAUCCCGUUAGGACUGCUGGAAGCUUGCGUGGUUGUCGGAGUGUCCAGUGAGCGACUGAAGGAGUUAUGCACGCAGCAGGAUGCGAAAUCAAAAGAGCCUGUUCUGUUGGAUGCCGAGGUGUUGCAGGUCCAUUCUCCACCUUUUAUAUCCAAGGAGAACUCAAGCGAUGGUCACGCCUUCAGCCGGGGCCAGAGACGCCGCUCGUUUUUGAAAAAGAAAAAAGAACGCAUGUCUGUGCCUUCCAGCAAUGACAAGGCCACGGAGGAUGACCAGAGCGUACCUAAAGACAUUGACCUCAUUGCCCUGCCCCAGCUUUGUUUCCCAGGUGGGCUGCGAGUCACUAGUGAGUGUCAAGAGGACUCUUAUCACUUCCUGGUUUUCACAGACGUCUUUGGGAACCAGACACAUGGAGUGGUGGUUCAGUAUUACAAACCCAUACAGGUAUCUGUUGACAAAAUCUUACACAAAAACGGACACUAUUUAUACAAACCUCCAAAGCUGUUCACAGCCUAUGGCAUCUGCCUCAUUUCCAAAUACCCUUACUACAACGCUCUGAGAGACUGCCUGUCCUCGUUCCUGGUCCAGCUGAAGAAUUCCCGGAUGGCUGAGUUCGAGGAGCAGGUGAAGGAAUUUGCAGCCAAAUUGGCACUGGUGCCCAUCCCACCACCUGGACAGCUACAAGUGGCGUUUAACCUGAAACCACUGCAGAUCAUUCUCCCACCUAGAGAAGACAUGGACCAUCCUGCCGUAGACCUUGACCUCCAUCUGCCCUUCCUGUGCUUUCAACCUGAGCAGAUCUUACAGGUGAUCUGCAGUAUCUUGACCGAGCAGCGUGUUGUGUUCUUCUCUUCGGACUGGGCCAGGCUUACGCUGGUAGCUGAGUGCUUUAUGCUGUUCAUCCACCCUUUGCGCUGGCAGCACCCAUUCGUUCCUGUUCUUUCCCAACAGAUGCUGGACUUCCUCAUGGCUCCCACUGCCUACAUCAUGGGCUGCCACGUCCAGCACCUUGAAGAUGUGGCAGGGGAAGCUGAUGACCUGAUCCUUAUCGAUAUUGAUGAUGGCACAGUGACAUCAUCGUGUUCUGCAGACUUGCCAGAUGUACCGGUGACUGUCACAGAGUGUUUUAAGAGGCGUGUAGAGGGGCUGCAGAUUCACAAUGACCUGGAGAUGUGCGCUCAGGGCAGCAGCUUGGACAUAGCUGACGUGCGGAAUCGCAGGCGCCAGUGGCAGCGGAAGCUCAACUCUGAAAUCCGAAAUAUCAGUCUUGAGCUUAUUGUCAACAUCUUCAGAGAGGUUCAUGACCACCUAAACUUUGAACAUCGAGUAUUCAACAGCGAGCAGUUUUUCAGAGACCAGGAAGCAGCAGACCAGCCAUUUUACAAACAGGUCUUAGAAACACACAUAUUCCAUUCCUUCCUCAAAGAUUGUUUAAAUAAGAAGAUGGAUGCAUUCAUACAGAUGAAGAUGAACACUCGGUCAGAAGCUGCCAGGCUGAAGGCCAUGCCAGAGUCUUCACGGAGACGCAAUAUGAAGGAGCCGCCACACAAACAGACGGAUUACCAGUUGCGUAAGAGGCUGGGUAUGAGUCUGCCCAACCUGGUAGAGGACAUCCAGAUGACGGUUCCGAUGCGCCAGCUGUCUUUACAGAAACCUGACAAGGGACCCACAUUCAAGCCAGCUUUCAAGAUUCCCCCAAAGCCACUCAAAACAUUCAAGCUUCCAGAAUUCCCUCCUCCUCUGGCCUAUCACUAUGUUCAGAAUUACUACUCAGAUCUCAUCAGCCAACUCAGCAAGGUCAUUAACUCCGCCACCCCCGAGGACUCGUCCCUGCUGGCGCGCUACUACUACCUCCGCGGUCUGGUCAAUUCCGUGGCAGGAAAACGUUUGGACGCUCUGAUAGACUUCCAGAGUCUCCACAAAACCGAUAUGGAUAUCUUCCCUCUGGAAUUGGUGACCACCCUGGCAGACUCAUUAAGGACAGAAGAGCGGCGUGUGGCCGAGGGGCGGCCAGAACUGAAGCGCCUCAUCAGCCGAGUGAAGAAAAGCUCCAGCCAGGACGACUUCUCUGAUGGAGGCUCGGUGAAGAAGUUCGAGCUCCCGCGCACGCAUAUGUUUUUGGACGACUUUGUGCGGCGUGUACAGGAGUCGGGAAUCGUCAAAGACCUGAGCACCAUCCAGCGUCUGUUUCAUGCUCUCACAGUGGGUAUGAACUCUACAGCGAAGGUCCCAGCCCACUCUGUAUUUUACCUUGAUUCCUCAGCUGAUGGUCAACAGAAGCAGGUGGACCCGGAGGUUUUCCGCUUCUUCUACACCAUCUGGAAGGAGACUGAGGCUGAAGCACAGGAUGUGGAUCUGCCUCUGGAUGUGCUGAGCCACUUGGAGGCCAACGAGCAGGUGUACAAGCUCUCGUCAUCGGUGAAGACUAAUUAUGGGGUGGGCAAGAUCGCCAUGACCCAGCGGCGGCUCUUUCUGCUCACGGAGGGACGCCCAGGUUAUGUAGAGAUCACCAAGUUUAGAGACAUAGAGGAAGUGAAGAUCUCCUCAGCUCCUUUACUUCUCCUAAGGAUCCCCUCCUUGAAGAUCAAGACCAACCUGAGGAGGGAGACUUUCGAAGCUAAUCUGAAAUCCGAGUGCGAUCUGUGGCAUUUGAUGAUCAAGGAGUUGUGGGCUGGAAGGAAAAUGGCAGACGAACAUAAGGACCCUCAGUACAUACAGCAGGCUCUGACGAACGCCCUGCUGAUGGACGCCGUGGUCAGAUGCCUCCAGUCUCAGAAAGCCAUUUACGCUGCUUCUAAACUGGCCUACUUCGACACCAUGAAACGGGAAGCAGUUCCGAUGAUGGUGCCCAAAACAACGUCGGAGACGCUGAAGCAUAAAAUCAACCCUUGUCUGGACCUGACGUCUCCUCAAGCCGUGGACAUAUUGCUCUAUACUCCAGGCCAGUUGGGCGCAGCAGCCUCAGGCAGCGGCGGUUACCCGAAGCUCUGGUGUGCCCUGAGUGACGGGAAGGUGGUGGUGUUCGACGCAGCCAGCUGGUCCCUCCUGCAGAACUCCAUUCAAGUGGGGACGUCCCGCAUUAAUUGCAUGCUGGGAGUGGACCAGCAGCAGUUGUGGAUCGGAUCUCGGGACUCGGUCAUUUAUAUCAUCAACCCGAACAGCAUGUCCUGCAAUAAACAGCUGACCGAGCACCGUGCCGAGAUCACUGGCCUCGCCCUGGAAGAACGGCGUGACAAAUACAGCCAGUUGCUGGCGUACUCCUGCAGCAUUGAGGGCACGGUGAUCGUUUGGGACGUGGCCACACUGCAGGUCAGACGUGAUAUCAAACUGAAAUGUGGCAGACUGCAGUCCAUUCAGAUUCAUGGUGGGAGAAUGUGGUGCUGUGCCCGUGACUGUGUAAUGGAGCUGCGGCGGAACGGCUCGGUGCAUCGUCUAAUCUCACUUCCGGAACACCUCCAGGGUUCACCCUGUUCUUACAGCAGCUUCAUAGUCCUUAAUGAGAGGUCUCAGGUGUGGACAGGCUGCACAGAUGCAGGUGAGCUGUGUGUGUGGUACCCUGGUGACCUGCAGAAGCCUUCCCAGAGGAUCCAGCUGCCUGACUGCACAAGUGUCAUCUGCAUGAUCAAAGUCAAGAACCAGAUCUGGGUUGGAGGCCAGAGUAGCAGCGGAGGUAAAUCCCGUGGAAAGAUCUACGUGGUGAACACAGAGCGCCUCCUGGUGGAUAAGGAGCUGCUGGCCCAUUCAGACACGGUCCAAACUCUGUGCUCAGCAGAGGACCGCUACAUCCUCAGUGGGGCUGCAGGCCAGGAUGGAAAGAUCGCUAUCUGGAAAGUGGAAUAGUGUUUUUUUUAAAAAUGGAUUGGGCUGAUGCUUUUUUCGCAUUUGACUUAGGAAAAAAGGGACAUGGUCUUUCUAUAGGUUUUUUACAAUUCUCUAUUUAUUUGACAUCUUGACCUCAGAGUGAACAAGAACAAGCAAAAGAAAAAGACUGAAGUGGAAUCUUCCUGAAAGCGGAGAUCCAUCUAACCUGUGUAUGAAGAGUUCAUUAUAAUGUGUAACUAGUUUAAUAUGAAGGUUUUUGAAUUUUUAUUUCCUAACAUGCUGAAAUGAAGGAAUAUUAUCAGUAUUUGGUUAUCCAAAGUGGUCUCCAAAUUCCAAGGCUGGUGGGCUUCCAGGUGAUUCCAUCUUGGGGUAAAAAUAAUAUCCAGAACUUUAAGGAGAUUAUUGGAUUAGACCACUCUGAUUUAUCCAGUACUUAUAGGACUUACUGGAAUAACUGUGUUCCUGCUUUGUAUGAGACGUCCUGCUGGACUUUCAAUCCAAAGCCAUAUGUUUACUUUUAUUAAAUGUAUAUAUUAUCAA